AUCUCUAUGUUUCCUCCUCUCAGCUGGCUCCAGGUGCUUGGGUUUCGCUUUUGCCCUGGGGGAGUCUUUGUCUCUUGCAGGCUCUGGGGAGGUUUCUGGCUGUUCCUGCUGAAUUCUCUUCAGAGCAGCAGCAGCGGUUUCUGACUGCUCCUCCUCUCCAGUAGCUUCUGCAGGGGCUUCUGGCUCUAGAGGAAAUCCUGCUGGCCCUUCCUGCUCAUCUUCUGAGGAGGACUCUGGGGCAAGAGAGGUGAACAAAGAGUGAGAAAUCACAAUCAAGGGGGAGAUUGUUUUGUGUGACUAACAGAGCCAAGAUACUGGUGUGAGACAACCAGCAGGCUUUGAAGCUCCACCAUGGCCUCAGCACCCAUGAGCCUGGAAAAUCAGAUCCAGUGCCCCAUCUGCAAUGACUACUUUAAAGACCCAGUGGUCCUGGACUGUGGACACAGUUUCUGUCAGGGCUGCAUUGAGUUCUGUGAGAAUAUAGACGAUAUAGUGAGCUUGAAGUGUUCUGUCUGCAAUGCCAAGUACCAGAAAGGGGAUUUCCGGCGCAACUGGCAGCUGGCAAGUUUGGUAGAACAAAUCAAACUCCUGCUGCUGAAUCAAAAAAAUCCAGAAAAAGAAUUUGAUUUGUGCCACAAGGAAAAAAACUGCCUCUUCUGCAAAGAGGAUGAAAAAAUUAUUUGUUGGUUUUGUGAGCGAUCCCCAGAACAUAAAGGGCACUCUAUACUUCCCCUGCAAGAGGCUGCUCAGCAAUAUAAGGGUAAAUUUUGUGACUGCCUUGAGAUCCUGAGGAAGGAGAGAGAAGAAAUUCUGGCCUACAAAGCAGACACAGAAAAUCAAUGCCAAGGACUGCUUGAGCAAACAGAAGCAGCAAAGCAGAAAACAGUGGCUGAGUUCAGACAACUCAGCCAGUUUUUGGAGGAAGAGGAGAAACUUCAGCUGGGCAGGAUGGAGGAAGUAGAAAAAGAGAUUGCAAGAAAAAGGGAUGAACAGCUGGCCAAAAUCUCCCAGGAAUUCUCCUCUCUUGAAAGUCUCAUCCAGGACAUGGAAGAAAAAGAGCAGCAACCAGCAAUUGAAUUCCUGCAGGAUUUCAAAAGCACCUUGCAGAGGUAUGAAGGAAAACAAAAGUUUGAGAAAUCAGUGGCUUUUCCUCCAGAGCUGAAUAGGAAGAUCCAGAGCAUCUGUGAUAACACCUUUCCAAAGGCUGCUUUAAAACAAUUGAAAGGGAUGGAAGAAACCUGGUUUGAUUCAGUACAGAGCACUGAUAAUAGAGUGACCAGAGUGGUACCACCCAUCUACUUUGAACCCUAUGAGACAAAAUGUACAGCAAAACUGACUCUGGACCCAGACACGGCCCAUCCCCAACUCGUUCUGUCCGAGGAUCGGAAAAGUGUGAGACAUGAAGACAAAUAUCAACACCUGCCUGAUAAUCCUGAGAGAUUUGAUACAUGUACUGCUGUUCUGGGCUAUGAGGGAUUCACAUCAGGCCAACUUAUCUUUGAAGUCAUUGUAGGAAGCGCAAGUCGAUGGGCUGUGGGGGUCGCCAAAAAGUCUGUGAAGAGAAAGGGCUGGAUCACCUUAAGUCCUAAAGGAGGGAUUUGGGCUGUGGGGAAGUGGGCAGAUGGGUACUGGGCUUUCACAACUCAUCAGCGCCCUCAUCCAUCUCUGAAUGGGAAGCCCAAGAGGAUCCGAGUCUCUCUGGACUACCAUAAGGGGCACGUGGCCUUUUUUGAUGCUGACACGAGAGCCAUUCUCUAUGAGUUCUCAAAUACCUCUUUCUCUGGAGAGGCCCUCCAGCCCUUUUUUCAAGUGUAUGAUAAAGGCCACAUAAGUCUAUCUCUUUAAGGCAAUCAAAUCACCCUCACAGGCCAUGCUGCUAUUGCUUUUGAAACAAAGAGGAUUGUUCAAAAUCAUUCAGCAUAGAUAUUUAGAGAGGAUUUCAUCAUACAGAUUCUGCCAACAUCUAUAACAACAACAACAUUCAAUUUAUAUACCGCCCUUCAGGAUAACUUAAUGCCCACUCAGAGCGGUUUACUAAGUAUGCCAUUAUUUUCAAGCAUGACAGAAGGUACGUGCUGAGCAUUGUCCAAAAUAUUUUUGGCAAAGAAACUUUUGCUAUACUUGCUAGGGCAAGCCAGUACUGCUUGGAAAAGGGUGUUUCCAGCUUACAUCAAUCUUAAAACCAGAUGGUGAGGUUUUGAAAUCUUCCAUGAUGACCCACUUUUCUCUGACAAUCCUCAGCUGUUGCAGCCAACGUGAAUUCUGUGAUAUAUUCGUCUGGCUGGAUUUUCCUUGAGAGCUCCCCAAAAUAAUGCCCUAAAGCAGGAUUUCAGUCUCCCUCCAAACUCACAAAUCUGUGUCAUGGUUUUCACAUUCCUCUUUUCUACCCGCAGCUGUGUAAUGAUAAGGUAAAGGUAAGCCCCCUGUGCAAGCACCGAGUCAUUACUGACCCAUGGGGGGGGGGGGACGUUGCAUCACGACAUUUUCUUUGCAGACUUUUUAUGGAGUGGUUUGCCAUUGCCUUCUCCAGUCAUCUCACGAUAAAGUUAUCUAAAUUAACAAUAAAACAAUAAUAACCCAAAAAUCAACAAGAGCUCUCCAAUUUAGAGCAGCAGUCACUUCUAAAUUAGAGGCUUAAAUGUGGGAAGGAUUUGGGAAUAGGACAGAGAAGUGGAAUCAAUUAGGGCAGAGCUAUCCAGUCUUCCAGGUUUGAAAUGCUAACUACAAAAGAGGAACAAAAAUGGCAGCUCUCUGUGGUGCACUGCGCGUUGGAAACUAGAGGGAGAUAUAUUAAGAUAGAAAGCAAAGAUAUACCUCUCCCGAGGAGUCUGGGAAGGUUGGAUGAGAAUGGAUUGUACAGAUUCCAAAUCUGGAAUGAGGACCAGAUCUGUGUAUAAGCAUAAAGGUAUACAUUCUUCUCCUUUCACGUGUUUAUUGAGUGUGGUUUUUCUCAGAUAUUUUGGAUCAGAAGACUGUCUAGCUUUGUGUUUCAUUGUUGUUUCAUAUUUAGCCACGAAUCAUAAAAUGUUCACAGCCUUGGCCCAGCAUACCAACGGGACCGCCUCCCUCCCUAUGUUCCUCCAUGGCAGCUUUGUUCAUCUGAACAGGGUCUCCUGCAGGUGC